ACAAAAUAACCUGUCAUUGCUAUUGGUCGCGUAUUAAAAACUCGCCAAGCAUAAAGAUCAGUUCCGGUUAACUGCCUGCACUAGCCAGUUCAGGGUGAAUUGUUGUUUGUCGUACACGUCCGAGCUCCCUGCAGAUUCAAAAUAUUUUUGACACACCUGAAAGAACACGGUGAUUACAUGUCGUGGAAAAAUACCAACUAACCGCGGCUAGAAACUCCAUUUUGUAUUUUAAAGAACAGUCAAACUGUAGUAAAACGCAAUGGAGACAUACAAACUCGCUUUUCUUUUCGUCCUAGGCUGUGUCGGUCUGUUUUCUGCUGCUGAAGCGCUGAAUCCGGAUGGAACGUGUGACAGUGACAGUGAUUGUCUCCUCUCUUUCUACCACUGCUGUUCCGGAACUAUCUGGUGUUGUCCUUCCGGGUACAUCUGUACCGGAUCAUCAACCUGCCUAAGUAUCGGAGUUAUCGUCGGUCCCAUCGUCGGCCUGGUCGUCCUCAUCGUUUCUAUAGUGAUCUGCUGCGUUUGUUACAGAAGAAGACAACAGAGCCAAGGCGUAGUGUACAACCCAAACGUGACCGCCCAACCUCAACCGCAGCCAUACGGACAACCGCAGCCAUACGGACAACCACAGGCUUACGGACAACCACAGGCUUACGGACAACCACAGGCAUACGGACAACCACAAGGAUAUGGACAGCCACCGCCUAAAGCCUGAGUUAGGAAGUUAGGAGAGAAAGAAAGGAGAUGAGAAAGAAAGGAGAUGAGAAAGAGAGAGGGAGAGAAAGAGAGGGAGAGCAAGAGAAAAAAAAUGAUAGCUCUUUUAAAAUAUUAUACCAUGCAAAUUAAUUUUUUCUCACUUAUCAUAUUUUGUUCGAAAUAAUUUUUUUUUAUUAAUUGGGAAUAUAUCUACAUCUGUUUCGCUUGUGAAUUGUUGACAUUUUUCCUUCAUCAUCGGACUGUGUGAUUUAUAUCAUAUUCACUUCAUAGUAUCAUUUGCUUCAAUAGAUUAUUACAAUUGAUAUAGACACAACUAUAGUUUGCAGCAUAAUAUUGUUUUACAAAACUAAGCAUUUGUGGAUAACAAUGGAUUAGAAUUAGACAGCUUUUUAAAAUUUGUGGGAACUAUUUUUCGCCGUUUUGAUUGUCAGAUGCAGUCUGCUGUACGCAUUGAUUUUUAACAGACGUAGAUUUUAUGCAAACACAAUGCAAAUAAAAAACAUUAGUUUGCUUUAAUUCAUUCCAUUCGUUUAUUUGUGAUCGCAAAAUUUCAGUGAUAAUGUGAGAUUUUCGAGGUGGAACAAAUUGGAUAGUUAAUCGUUAUUUACACUAUUUUUGUAUGAUAACCUCUUUUCUAGAUAGACACAUGUAACAGACACCACCACAUAUAGUUAGAUAUAUAAUGCAUGUUUAUUAUGGCGAAAAAUCCAUUUUACAUAUCGUAUUAAACAGUUGAAAGUUU